AUGGACAUCCUCCUCGAUGCGCCAGUCAAACGUCUGCUCAAGCUCCUCGACAUCCCGUUCUCGGUGACGGCGCAAGCGGAAACCGACCCGGGCGUCAAGGUAUUCGCCGCCCUCCUCUACAUAAUCAACUAUACUGCCGACGGAAGCAAGCGAUCGCCAUUCAAAUGGUACAGACUUCCUCCGUGGUCCUUUGACGAAUGUCAACCUCGCGUGCAAGCCGCCCUUCUGGAACGCCUUGACAUUGUACGCGAAUGCAAGCCCGAUCGCAGCAAAGUCUUCAGGAGACUGCCUGACCUCAAGAGCGAGCUGAGCAACUUCAGCUCACUCGAUCUGGCCACGCGCGAGGCAUGGGAGUUGGCAUGCCGGGAUGUCCUUCAGGCUCAAGCACCCGGGGAAGUGAACAUCAUGCAAAUUAGCCGCGAACCCGUCUCCGCUGAAGCGUCCGAGUGGUGGCCGAAAGUGGUUGCUGCCGCGACAAAGGAGAGAAUUCCCCGGCGAAAGCGAUGCCUCAAAUGCAAGAAGAAGGGCCAGGACACUGGCCUCCUUACAGCUGAACAACUCGACGCUCAUUUUGCCGACGCCCAUCCCCCCCGGUCAAAGGUUGUCGUCAAAGAGGAACCGCAGCCGCCGCCAGCUAAGCGCCUCAAAAUGACUAAGUGA